UUUAUGCUUUCCCGUUUGUGGGGUAGGAGCCGCACCAGCGGCAGCACCGCGCUUCACAUCCAGCUCUAAUAUAAAAUUAGUCAAGAACCAAUCUUGUUUAUAGAACGGCUUUCCGGUCCAAAAGAAAAUGUAUUCUGUGCAGCGGCUGCUCAUCCUCGCUUUCACGGUCUUGGCGACCAUCUCCGGCUCCGGGGCCGUCGCCGACGUCGGCACAGCUGCUUAUUACAGCUCUCCGUACACUCCGACGGAAUGCUAUGGAGAUGACCCCUCACAGCUUCCUCCGGGCAACCUGUUCGCGGCGGCGGGCGGCGAUCUGUGGGAUAACGGGGCGGCCUGUGGCCGGGUGUACGCGGUGCGGUGCGUCGGCGGGUCGCCUUCCGUCCCUUCCAACUGCGCGAGCGAUCUCCCCAUCCAGGUCAAGAUCAUGGACAACGCCCUCUCGGCGGAUUCCUCGGCGGCGGCGUACAAGCAGUCCGUGACCGGCGCCACGUUGGUCCUGUCCGGGGACGCGUUCAACGCAAUCGCUAAGCCUUUCGCGGAUUCCGUCGACAUAGAAUUCCAAGAGGUUUGAUUCUGGAGAGAUGAUUGGCGAUCGGCUGAAUCUCGAAGAAAUCAACGGGCGACAAUGAUUUAUAUUAAUUCUGGAGAAAGAUCGCUAUUAAUGGCUUUGAUUACGAGGGCGACAGAUAAACUGUAUAAUCUUAACCUGUGGUCCUGCGUAAGCUGUUUAGCAACCACCAAAAAGUACCGACUACCGAGAUAAGCAUUGGCAUAGCGACUCGAUGGUUUUGACUGACUGGUUGUUGUUGAAGAUUCUUCUCUUC